AUGACUCUCAGGUCCUCUUUCAUCGGUGCACCAAGCCUCGAUAAGUUCUCUAACCAGGCUAUCCGGGUGGUCUCCGUUGCUCCCGCUGUCAGGAGGCCUGCGUCUUUCAAGGUGAUGGCAGUGUCGAAGAAGGCUGUCGCUGUUCUGAAGGGAACUGCUGGAGUCGAGGGUGUCGUCAGUCUGCUUCAAGAGGAUGACGGCCCCACUACCGUCACUCUCAAGAUUAGUGGUCUGGCCCCCGGCAACCACGGUUUCCACUUGCACGAGUUUGGUGACACCACCAACGGCUGCAUGUCGACAGGCCCUCACUUCAACCCUAAGGGCUUGACGCACGGUGCUCCUGGUGAUGAGGUUCGCCACGCGGGUGACCUCGGCAAUGUCGUAGCCAACGCUGAGGGUGUGGCUGAAGCGACCAUUGUUGAUUCUCAGAUCCCUCUUUCUGGACCCAACUCUGUUGUUGGACGCGCCUUUGUCAUCCACGAAGGAGAGGACGAUCUUGGCAAGGGUGGACACGAGCUGAGCAGCACCACUGGAAACGCUGGUGGUCGUCUUGCCUGUGGUGUGGUUGGCCUGACUCCCCUGUAA